AAAAGAUGAGCCUGCGCCUUUAAAUUGUCCGGUUGUUGUCAUAGUAACCAGCGGGCCAGUGUGUUUUUGCGACAGACCGUGUUCCGCGCCGCAGCAUAUCACCAGCCGAUGAAUGCAGCAUAAACGCAAAGUUUCAGUGUUUUGGAGAUGCCCACUGGAUGAGCGCCAGUGCAUUUGGUCAUGGGAACAUCGCAUUUACAUCCAUCUGCGUUUUAGUUAGCUGCUGGUGGUCCUGUUAUGCAACAUGCAGCCCUGGAGUUACUGGAAGAGUCCUGUGAGUGGGCCUUCCUGAAUCCAGGGGGUUUCCAAGCCCACCCAUGCCUGUCAUUCCCAUCCCACGGAGGGUUCGCUCCUUCCAUGGCCCUCACACUACCUGCAUGCACUCCGCCUGUGGCCCGGCGCGCACUGCCCAGCUCGUACGCAGCAAAUACAACAACUUUGACCUGUACCUGAAGUCUCGGUGGAUGUAUAGUUUCAUCCGGUUCCUUCUCUAUUUUGGCUGCAGUCUUUUAACCUCCCUCCUCUGGGUGGCACUAUCUGCACUCUUCUGCCUGCAGUACGUCAGCGUGCGAAUUUUCCUUCGUCUUCAAUACAAGCUGUCCGUCAUUCUACUGCUGCUGGGUCACCGCCGGCUGGACUUUGGCAUCCUCAAUGAUCUGUUUAUAUACAGCAUGCAUGUUACCAUGUUUCUGAUCGGAGGCCUGGGAUGGUGUUUCAUGGUCUUUGUAGAUAUGUGAAGUUCGGACUGGUUGAAUGAUCACUGUGUUGAAAGGCACUCCGUUUGAUUUGCUUUUUGAGCAUGCAAAUUUUACACAUCUUGACAGAACUGAGAACAUGUGUGCGACACUAUUAAAAAGAGCUGAAAUCCUUUUCCACAGCUUGCUUCUCAUUCCAGUGUAAGAAAAAUGUUAUGAGCGUGCAUGUUUUUUUCUUUUUUAGAUUUUAUAUUAAUUAAAUGUGUUGUGUGUUGUAUUCUAACACUGCGCGUAGGGGAAUAUGAUUUACUUUUUGUUUUUAAUGUCAGUAAACCAAUGUUUCAUGUGUUUUUAGAUCUGCAUGUGCCU